GCACUGGUGGGUGGCACUGGUGGGCAGCACUGGUGGGCACAGGUGGGUGGGCACAAGUGGGUGGCACUUCUGGGCACAGGUAGGUGGCACUUCUGGGCACAGGUGGGUGCACUGCUGGGCACAGGUGGGUGCACUGCUGGGCACAGGUGGGCGGAGCUAUUGGGUGCACUGCUGGGCACAGGUGGGCGGCGAACUUGUGGGUGCCACUGCUGGGCACCGAUCAUCAGGGCACUGAUCAUCAGUGCCCUGAUGAUCGGUGCGGAUCCCCGCUCUGACAACUGCCGGUUCUCGACAGUACUUUCCUCACGAUCUGACAGCGUGAGGAAAGUGCAGCCGAGAACCGGCAAUUGC